GCCAUUCCUCCCACUCUAUAGCCGAUCACCUCAAAUCCGCCAUCUUCUCGCUUUCUCCACGUUUGUAUGGGAUGCGCCUUGCACCGCGGGCACCCAUCCAUAGCUGGCCUCCAUCGCGACGUCGGAGGCUGCGCACAAGUGCAAAAGUCGACUUAAGAAUAAUUAAAUUAAAUACGGCUUCUCCAGCAGAGAUAUACUCUCCAAUCCACAAGAUCCGAUGCCCAUCCCGAGACUGGUGGAUGAAGCAUAACCGCUGCAGAUCGGGAGCAAAGAGACUAUUCACGGCCUCGAAGGGAACCAAAUCCUAAACCGAAUUGCCCCCCCUUUACCCUUUUACCUUGGGAAUCGUCACCUUCAAUCCUCUUUCCCCCUCCCGUCCAAUCAUCCACUCCUCUCUCUUUCAUCCUCCUCCUCCUCCUCCCCAUUCAACCCUUCCUUUCCACCUCAUCCCGUCCACUGUAAACUCCCGACAUCACCGUCGGUCCGGGUCACCGACCCUGCAUCCUCUCUCUCUCUCUCUCUCGCCUAGCCCCAGCCCGCGCAUUCUCUGCUUGGGUCGCGGCCACAACGAUCCUUCCUUCCUGCAUCUUCCCACCACCAAACGAAGCCGUCAUUCCCAGCUGACGUCGCGUCCGUGCCAGAUCUCCGCGAAAACGGACCACCCCCCCCCCUUGACACCUCUUUCAUGAGCAACACCCUUGGUGUCUGACUCCCUCCUCGCCCAAUUCAUCCCAUUCCAUCUCUCCAUUCCAUUUAGUAUUCCUAGCUAGGCUUGCUCAGCGCCGGGGACGCGCCCAUCAUGACGGGCGCUCCGCCUUACAACGCCCAAUCCCCGACUCAGCAGCACCGGUUCGCUGCGUACGAGUCCCCGACUAAGAACCGCCCUUUCUUUCCCAACAAUGAUCAGCCACAGGGACAACAGCAGCAGCAGCAACAACAACCACAUUUCUCCCAACAUCCUCCCCAAACACCGCCGGCUUUCGGCCCAUCCUCCGUGUCGCGGAGCCCGCGCUUUUCGCACGCGUCGUCACCAUUGCCAUCCACCCUGCCACCGUCCUUGAAUGGUACUGCACCGCCUCCACAUUCAUCUCACACGGAGAAUCCAUCCCAGUAUCCCGGGCCCUCGGGGAGUUCGAAUACGGGACUGCCGCUUCCGCGUCCCUUCUCGAGCUCCGUGAUGUCGGGUAACGGUACUUCCCCUUACGGCCCUUCAACGCCGCAUGGACAUCCUUCGAGCCGGCCAGAUAACCACUCGCAGUCUCCAACUCGCGAAUUGGAAUCUCCAUACCGGGUGAGAGGCAAUGGCGUUGGAUACGGAGCUUCGGCGCCACAAGCAGCAUCCCCUCCCCGGGAAUCGAAGCCUACUCGCGCAGCCGAUCCCAUGUCCUUUGCGAGCAUCCUCUCCGGACCCACGGACGAACAGCCUGCCAGGAAAUCAACUCCUCCGCCCUCCACUGCAACGCCCACCCCUCAGGUUCAACCAAAGUCGGAGAGCCGUCCGUCUGAAACCGGCCCAGUCCCGGGCACCUUCUACCAUAAAUCGGACCAAGCACCGAGCACGGAAAAGCCCCAUACGGAGCCGCCAAAGGGUGUUUUUACUCCCAAUGGAGUGUCCAAGCCGGCUCCAGAAUUGGCGAGCCUUGUGCCACGCGCGCCACAAAGGAAGCCAUUCCCGCCUGGUGUUGAUGCCGAGCAAGUGAACCGUGCCAUGAUCGACAUUGAUAACGGCGAGAAGAGUGACCUUGAGGGCCCUGACUUUGAGGCAGAUCUGCAAGUCUACCUUGAAAAAGGUCGGAAACGAUUGAUGGAAAGCUAUCGGGCGGAGCAAAUUUCUCGCAAGCGUCGUCGCAACUACACUCUGAACGAAUUGGCGCGGUCGUUUGAGAAGCACGCAAUUCUAGGUACAGAACGGUUCCGGGUCGGUAACGAAGGUUCUGUCAUCGCCGAAGUCCAGCAAAAAGAGAUCCAGGACGAGAAGGAGCGAAAGAAGGACAUGCAACGGAAACGUCGCCGUGAGAACACUGUACGCUUGGAGAUGCAGAAGAAGCUGGAGGCCGAACGCAAGGCCGACAAGGCCCAGGACUCUGCAGAGAAGGCCAAGUUCCUGCGCGAGGCGGAACGCGCUCAGAAGAAGAUCCGGUCCACUAAGCGGGCUCUUGAGGGUGGAAGUGCCCAGGACGAACUUGGCGAAGUCACUCCAUUGGCACCUAACCUCGAGGGCGGCACCACCAGCUCAUUCCACAUCGGUCGCGGUUCACCCUCGCGUCGCCGCUCUGGGCGUGCUGGUCCCGUCACUCGGCCCAAGAAGUCUAAGGAACAGAAGCAGGCCGAAAAGGAUGCUGCCGAGAACGCCUACUUGGCUGGUCUCGACGAUGAAUCCAUCUACCUCACUCCCCGUGACACAAAGAAAGACGGCAGGUCCAAGGAGGGCACUCCGAUCCUUCAUCUGCACUACGACAGCAAGGGUUACAACCAGAUUUACGAGCAAAUCUGGCGUGACAUUGCCCGUAAGGACAUUCCCAAGGUCUAUCGCAUCAAGACCACCUCGCUCUCUACCCGCCAAGAAAACUUGCGCAAGACGGCCCAGUUGGCGAGCAAGCAGUCGCGGAAGUGGCAAGAACGGACGAACAAGAGCACCAAGGAUACCCAGGCUCGUGCCAAGCGUACCAUGCGUGAGAUGAUGUCCUUCUGGAAGCGCAACGAGCGUGAGGAGCGUGACUUGCGCCGCUUGGCGGAGAAGCAGGAGCUGGAGUCUGCUAAGAAGGCCGAGGCGGAACGUGAAGCCAACCGCCAGAAGCGCAAGCUGAAUUUCUUGAUCUCCCAGACUGAGCUGUACUCUCACUUCAUUGGUCGCAAGAUCAAAACCGCCGAGGCGGAAGCUAUUGGCGAUGGAACCGUUGCUGGCAGCAACGAGACUAUCCAGCCUGGCAAGGCGCAACACACAGUCAACCUCCCUGACAGCGUCGCCAAUCCCAAUGCCAAGGUCACUGCCUUUGAGGAUCUGGACUUUGAUGCUGAGGACGAGAGUGUUUUGCAGCAAGCCGCCAUGGCCAACGCUCAAAACGCCGUGCAGCAAGCUCAGGACCGGGCGCGCGCCUUCAACCAGCAAGGUGGGGAAGAUCAGAUGGCAGCCUUUGAUGAAGGCGAGAUGAACUUCCAGAACCCCACCAGUUUGGGUGACAUUGAGAUCUCUCAGCCGACUAUGUUGACCGCCAAAUUGAAGGAGUACCAGCUAAAGGGUUUGAACUGGCUUGUCAACUUGUACGAACAGGGUAUCAACGGUAUUCUUGCAGACGAGAUGGGUCUCGGCAAGACCAUUCAGUCAAUUUCCGUGAUGGCCUAUUUGGCAGAGUUCCACAACAUCUGGGGUCCGUUCUUGGUCAUUGCGCCAGCAUCGACACUGCACAAUUGGCAACAAGAAAUCGCAAAGUUCGUUCCGAAUAUCAAGGUCUUGCCGUACUGGGGUAAUGCCAAGGAUCGUAAGAUUCUCCGCAAGUUCUGGGAUCGCAAGCAUAUCACCUAUACUCGCGACUCCGAGUUCCAUGUCCUGGUGACCUCUUAUCAGCUGGUCGUUCUGGAUGCCCAGUACUUCCAAAAAGUCAAGUGGCAGUACAUGAUUCUGGACGAGGCGCAAGCUAUCAAGUCCUCUCAAAGUUCGCGUUGGAAGAAUCUGUUAGGCUUCUCCUGUCGUAACCGUCUCUUGCUGACUGGUACGCCCAUUCAAAACAACAUGCAAGAGCUUUGGGCCUUGCUGCAUUUCAUUAUGCCUACCUUGUUCGAUUCCCAUGACGAGUUCAGCGAAUGGUUCUCGAAAGAUAUUGAGUCCCAUGCUCAGAGUAACACGAAACUGAACGAGGAUCAGCUCAAGCGUCUGCAUAUGAUUCUGAAGCCGUUCAUGCUUCGUCGUGUCAAGAAGCACGUGCAGCAAGAACUGGGCGACAAGGUUGAGAAGGACAUUUUCUGCGAUCUCACCUACCGCCAGCGUGCCUUGUAUGCCAACCUGCGGAACCGUGUCAGCAUUAUCGAUCUCAUUGAGAAGGCGGCCGUUGGUGAUGACACUGAUAGCACGACUUUGAUGAACUUGGUCAUGCAGUUCCGUAAGGUCUGCAACCAUCCCGAUCUGUUUGAACGUGCUGAAACCCGAUCACCAUUCUCUGUUGGUGCCUUUGCGGAGUGUGCCUCUUUCGUUCGUGAAGGAUACUUUGUCGACGUCCGAUAUUCCACCAGGAACCGGAUCGAGUACCAGGUGCCUCGACUGCUGUGCAGCUCCGAGGCCCGUUUGGAUAUGCCUGGUCCCGGCAAUGAUCGGGCUGGGUUCCAAGGGAAAUACUUGUCAAACUUGAUGAACAUUUGGAAUACGGAGAACAUUCAUAAGAGCUCCCGUGAAAAUGGGGCCUUCUCAUUCCUACGAUUUGUCGAUAUAUCCGCUGGAGAAGCUAGUGAAUAUUCCCGUCUUGGUGUUUUUGAGCGCGCAACCCGACGUGGCGACAGGCAAAAUCGACUUUCCCGUCUGAACGUUGUCUACGACGACAAGGAGAACGAGUCCGUCGGCAAGUCGGUGUGGGUUCAGUCUAUGCUUAACGUCGUGGAUCGCAACAACCGCGAAGCGCUUAAUGAGAUCACCCCCGAGGGCCGCAUGCGUAAUUUGAUGAAUGUUUCUCGUUCGACUUUCGAGGACCAAGGUCUUAACCUGAUUGAACCAUGCGCAUCUCCUGCUGCCCAAGCGCCUCCGAUCACGCUCUCCUGCUCGGGUCAAGAGGCCGUUCGCGAGACCCAAAGAACCCUGUUCAAUCCAGUUGUCCGGUCGGCAUUGUACGGCAACCGUUCCCGACAAGUUGAGGAACUGAUCUUGUCACACAAGCUCGAUCCCACGCCUUAUUCGAAGGCGCCAAUGCUCCCAGCGCCAACGUCACUCAAGACUCGCUACACUCACAUCGAAGUUCCGUCCAUGCGUCGCUUCGUUACGGAUUCGGGCAAGCUUGCCAAACUCGACGAGCUUCUCCGGGAGCUGAAGCCUGGUGGCCAUCGUGUUCUGCUUUACUUCCAGAUGACUCGUAUGAUCGACUUGAUGGAAGAGUACUUGACCUACAGAAAUUACAAGUACUGCCGAUUGGACGGAAGUACAAAGUUGGAGGAUCGUCGCGAUACCGUCGCCGACUUCCAGUCCAACCCCGAAAUCUUUGUAUUCUUGCUGUCUACGCGUGCUGGUGGUCUUGGUAUCAAUUUGACUGCCGCCGAUACCGUCAUCUUUUACGAUUCCGAUUGGAACCCGACUAUCGAUUCCCAAGCCAUGGAUCGAGCCCAUCGUCUCGGUCAGACCCGCCAGGUUACCGUUUACCGACUUAUCACUCGCGGUACAAUCGAAGAGCGGAUUCGCAAGCGUGCCCUGCAGAAGGAGGAGGUGCAGCGUGUGGUCAUUUCCGGCGGUGCUGCUGGCGGUGUCGAUUUCAACACUCGUGCCCGCGAGAACCGCACCAAGGAUAUUGCCAUGUGGCUUGCCGAUGAUGAUGAGGCGGAGCUCAUUGAGCAGAAGGAGAAGGAGGCGCUUGAGCGAGGAGAAGCCUUUGGUGCCACCAAGGGCGGCAAGAAGGCUACGCAGAAGCGGAAGCGUGAGCUCACGAUGGAUGAUAUGUACCAUGAAGGCGAGGGCAACUUUGACGAUGCCAGCGCCAAGCCAUCAGGCGCUGCAACCCCCAUGUCGGACAAUCUCGACACUCCCCCUACUGCUGCCGCCACCCCGGCGAAGCGUGGGCGGGGUCGUGGUGGCGGCAAAGCCGGUUCAUCCAAACGUGCAAAGACCGUGAAGGAACGGCUUCGUUUAAUUGACGGCGAUGGCGGACUUGCUUAAAAAAAACAUUCGGGAUAACUUGGUUUCAAAUACUUGCAAUAAUUGCAAAUGGGCGAUGGCGUUAUAAUGAUUCUUCUUCUACUUUCUCCCAAGGUGCUAGUGUGGAUAACUUUCCGCGCACUCAUUUUAUAUUCCUAUAUUUUUUUGCCUGUUUCCUCUCUCACACUUCUGUUAUGUAUUAUCAUACGACUACUUGAUCCACUUGAACUCUUGCCCUUGAAUUUUCCUUUUCCUACUCAUGCUCUGGGAUUCUUCUUCAAAGAGCGGGACAGACAGACAGACACCGGAGUCGACCGGUGGAUGUCUUGAGACAUCCGUGUUUAUACAAGUAAUUUGGAAGGCACCUACCUACUUGAUUUCCUAGACCAUUUCUUAGCUGUCCUUGUCCACCGUUGUGCUUACCUCUGCUUUUAGAAUCCCCGAUUGGCAUUGAGUAUGCCCCUAAGCGAGUGAUCUGUUCAGUGAGUGUUGUACGUGUG